AUGUCUUCGAAUAUUCGAAUCUCCGUACUUCAUCAGGCUAUUGAACCUCCCAUCAUCAACGGUGUCCUCAAGCCUAUGAAACCUGGAGGUUAUCAGGAUUCAGGAGCAGACAUAGCUUACGCUCUCCAAACACUCCCCAAUAUCAAGAUCCUGACCCCUGGCCCAUCACCAGAUCCUAGCUCUUCAUCAGGAUGGACAUUUCCAGACACUCCAUCCGGAAUCCUGUCAGCUUUGCAAUCAGGAGCAACCCACAUCUGGGCAAACACGAUCCUGUUCUCCUCUCAUCCCCUCCAAACCAUGUCAGAAUUCGACGAGUAUCAAGACCAUGUCCGAGUCAUAGGCCAGCCACCGAACCUAGUCCAGCUUUACGAUGAUAAAGAAUACGUUAACAAUCUGCUUCGUUCCAAAGGUUUCACUCUGCCGCAAUCAUGGACACUGACCUCUUCUCCAUCUCUGAAUCUCAACAAAAAGCUUCAAGAACUAGAUUUGCCAUAUCCAAUCGUAGGAAAACCGAUCCGUGGGCGCGGAAGCUCGGGUGUUAAGCUUUGCUAUACCCUUUCUGAACUGACAACUCACAUCACCUCCUUAUUCAAAGAUUCCUCAACCAUAAUGCUAGAGCAGUAUCUCUCAGGCGAGGAAUGUACCGUUACGGUUAUGCCGCCUUCGUCUUUACAUGAGGAUUACUGGGCAUUACCGAUUGUCACAAGAUUCAACCACGACAAGGGGAUUGCGCCGUAUAAUGGCGUUGUAGCUGUGACUGCGAAUUCAAGGGUUGUGAGUCAAGAAGAGAUGGGGAAAGAUGAGAGGUAUGGGGAGGUAGUAAAGGAAUGUGUGGAUGUAGCGAGGCUGUUGAGAGUCACGGCACCGAUUAGGGUUGAUGUUAGGAGGUUUGGGAAGGGGAAAGGAGAAAAAUUUGCUUUGUUUGAUGCUAAUAUGAAACCGAAUAUGACAGGACCAGGACGACCUGGAAGAGAAAACCAGGCGAGUUUGACUGGUAUGGCUGCUGAGGCUAUUGGAUGGGACUAUUCGAGAUUAUUGCGAGAGAUGCUGAGUAGUGCUUGUACGUUACGCCAGUUGCGAGAUAUAAGACCUUUGAGUAAAUGA